AUGACUUUUGUCUUUAGAUACUACAAUCAUUCCAAAACUAAACGCGUACAGAUCAGUGCAGCAUCAUUUUUACAAAGUCAAAACUUGUGUGAAAUGGCUGAACGAAAAGAACUCAUCAACAGCUUGAGAAAAUCGACAUCUAAGAGUGUCACUUUAUUCGAAAAACCAUUAAAACGAUUGGAUGGUGUACCUCGGUCAUGGACAGUGUCACGGUUGUCUCGUGAUAAAGCUGGCUUACGUCGAUUCAGCGAUGAAAAUAGUUUGCAGGAACGGAGCCGAUCUACAAUAUCAACACCAUUACACAGUUGUUCUUCGGCCGCACGGUAUUCAACGGCCUCAAGAGACAACCUAACAAAAUCGAAACAUGAAAAUAUAGUGAAAUUGCAGGAGAUUUUAAAACGUCAUAACUUUUCCAAUGCUGCAUUAAAUCUCAAAAAUGAUUGCAUGAAAUCGAUAACCAUCAAUCAAUUUCACCUGAUCAUGGAUCAUUUUGUUUAUUUGAUUACCGGAAAAGAAUUGAAAACAUUCACACCGAAUAGAAACGGUGGUCCAAAUAAAAAAUCUGAUCAAAAACAAAUAACGAUCGAAGGCAUUCUAAAUUUUUUGAAGCAAGUACGGUAUCCACACACAGUCACCAAAUCAAUGUUAAAAAUACCAAAUGCACCGCACACAUUUGAUCAAAUGGUCCUUAUGUUACUAUGGCUAGCAGAUAUUGCCAGUGUAUCAACCAUUGCUGCCGACGAACCAAUUGAAAAAUAUACAUUAGCUUCUUCGAAAGAAAUGCAAGAUGGAUACUUGUUAUGGGGCAAAGAUAAUAGUAAACACGAUGUACUAGUUAAACGUAUGACAGAUAAUUUAAUUGCCGCCAAAUUGGAUAACAAAGUAACUUCAGAGGCGGAGCUGCAACUAUUAACCGAAAAUUUGAAACUUAAAUCUCAAGAAUUCGUUGAAAAUUCAGUUCAUUUGAAGAAGAUCCACCAAUUUGAACAAUUGGAAUCCAAAUAUCUAGAAUAUGAAACAAAGGAACAUGAUUUAAUAAAACAACUUAAAGAUAAACGUGAUCGUUUGGCCGCUCUUCAUGUGAAAAUGAAUGAUAAACGCAUCCAAAUGCGGAAAUCUCAUGGAAGGAUGAUUGAAUGCGUUCAAAAACGAGAAGACUAUCAGAGAUUGGGCAAACAGAUUUCACUUUUGAAAGCAUCAAUUGUUACACUGGAAAACGGGAAACAGCACAUAAAAGACGAGGAUUUCAGUGAUCAAAUCAAGUAUGCUCGAAUCGUAAAAAAUGUUUCAACCGUGAUCUCCGAUAUCAAUAAUCGUAGUAUGCAAAUUAUAAAAGUGCUCAACAAUUCUCAAAACAAAACAGUCAGCGAAUGUGAAUUGAAUAAAUUGCUUUUGCCAGCAACACCAUCCUUUGAACAAGUAGAGCAGGUCAAUCAAUAUUUCUUGCAUAUUUAUAGUGUGGUUGAAAUUGAAAAGUUCAAAGGGAAAAUGAAACUUGAUCAAGCCAUCAUUGAAAUGAAUGUGCUCAAAGCUGAAUCGAUUGCAUUAACCAAGGAAAUCAAAAGCGAACAGAAGAGCUAUGACAAGCAUGCAAAUGACUACGACGUAUUGGAGAAAAACGCUGCGAUGAAAAACCGAAAGAAUGAAAAUUCUACACGGGAUUUGUGUAAGCAAGCUGAUGAUGCAAAAGCAAAACUUCAAUCGUUGAAAGAUAAAAUUAUUGCAGCACUUGCAGAAGAGAUGAAAAUGAAAACGGAAAACGCAAGAAUUAUGGCAGACGGUGAAGCACAAGCGAAAAAAAUUCGGGCAGAAAAAGAUCGUCUGGCCGAUCAGAUGGAUGAAAUUGAUAAAAUACUGGAUGAAAAGUUCGAAGGUCUUGAUUAUCCGGAAUAG